AUCACUACAUUUCCAACCUUGCUGUCGACAGAUUCUAGGAGCUACAUCGCACCUGCUCACCACCCACCACAUCAAGAUGUUCCCUACUCAGAUCCGCCGGGCAGAGCCCUACCCUCAGUACAAGAGCCCCUAUGGCCCUAAGUACAACUUCCAGCCACAUGCCGCUGGACUUACCGCCAAGCAGGCCUUCGGACUGGGCGUGAAGACUGCAGGCCUCGGCGGUGUUGCCCUGUUCGCAGUCAUCUUUUAUGCUUCAGGCAUCCCCAGGGUACAGCGUGACAUCCUCCAGAAAGUUCCUUUCCUCGGCAGCUACUUCGUCAACGAGAUCCCUCCAGAGGACAACCCAUUCUAAAUCUUUAUUUGAUGGACUAUAUACAUGGCACAGAAGUAGACUGGGGAGCACAAAAACAGUGUGGGGAAGGAAAGGGAAAACAAAGGCUUGCAUAAAGUCUGGCAUGCCAGGUCUUGUGUGUGUGUAUAGAAGAGCCAAGAACAUUCACAAUAGAUUUGACCAUUCAAAAUGGUUGCCUCCUAAAGCUAAACCA